AUGGAGGCAAAGAAGGCCAAUGCCAGCCAGAAUAUUGAGGACAAAGGAAAAAAACCCAACAGAUUUCUACAUUUCUAUUCCUCGCUGCGCUGCCGCCAGAGGAGCAUCGCUGUCACUGCUCCCGCUGUCACUAGAGGGCAACGAAGGCUCCCAGAGCAGAGGUUCCUCCUCCACAGCCUGGGCUUCCCCAGAAGGAUUUCUGCUCCCUGCAGCUCAGCCAGCCAGGUCGGCAGGGAAAGGUUUCCCCCUCAAGCCCCGGCGCUGCCGAAGGGGUCAGGCAGAGCCCGCGGCGGGAGCGCAGCAUCCCCUGCACCUCCAGCACCUGCAGCCUCUGUGUACAGAGAGUACCUGAACCCUGUGUACAGACAGUACCUGAACCCUGUGUACAGACAGUACCUGAACCCUGUGCACGGACAGUACCCAGACCCUGUGUACAGACAGUACCUGAACCCUGUGUACGGACAGUACCUGAACCCUGUGCACAGACAGUACCUGAGCCCUGUGCACAGACAGUACCUGAACCCUGUGUACAGACAGUACCCAGACCCUGUGUACAGACAGUACCUGAACCCUGUGCACAGACAGUACCUGAACCCUGUGCACAGACAGUACCUGAACCCUGUGUACAGACAGUACCUGAGCCCUGUGCACAGACAGUACCUGAACCCUGUGCACAGACAGUACCUGAACCCUGUGUACAGACAGUACCUGAACCCUGUGCACAGACAGUACCCAGACCCUGUGUACAGACAGUACCUGAACCCUGUGCACAGACAGUACCUGAGCCCUGUGCACAGACAGUACCCAGACCCUGUGUACAGACAGUACCCAGACCCUGUGUACAGACAGUACCUGAACCCUGUGUACAGACAGUACCUGAGCCCUGUGCACAGACAGUACCUGAACCCUGUGCACAGACAGUACCUGAACCCUGUGUACAGACAGUACCUGAACCCUGUGUACACACAGUACCCAGACCCUGUGCACAGACAGUACCUGAACCCUGUGCACAGACAGUACCUGAACCCUGUGUACAGACAGUACCCAGACCCUGUGCACAGACAGUACCUGAACCCUGUGUACAGACAGUACCUGAACCCUGUGCACAGACAGUACCCGAGCCCUGUGUACAGACAGUACCUGAACCCUGUGCACAGACAGUACCCAGACCCUGUGCACAGACAGUACCCAGACCCUGCUCGUUUUGGCUUUAGCCCCCAGCUGCUCGGCCUUAGCCCUCCCCAGCAGCUCUAG